CUUGCUAUUUACGUUUUACAUAUUUAUCAUGGUAUCAGAGCAUCCGGUUCAGUGGUAAGGACGUUUUUCUCGCAGCUAUGGUGAACACGGACGAAACAAAGAAGUCCGAGUUUUUGGGUUCCAGCGGGAGCUCAGAAAAGGGUUCUGUCAAUGGAGGUAUUGAUCAAUCCUCGUUUUAUUACCUCCAUCCCUCAGAUAGCAACAGUCAGUUGCAGGUAGGCGAUCCCCUCACACCGACCAAUUACGCUGAAUGGGUUGUUGAUGUAACCGACGCCUUAAUUGUCAAGAACAAAUUUAGUUUCGUUGAUGGCACUCUACCUAAGCCCAAAGAAGACCCGGAGCUGCAAGCAUGGACUCGAUGCGAUGCUCACGUCAAGGGUUGGCUUCGGAUGGCCAUGACUAAAGAAGUUCGUAGUAGCGUGCGCUACGCAAAGUCUGCGCGGGAAAUCUGGGUUGACUUGAAAGAGAGAUUCGGCCAUGGUACUCUCACACGGGGCUAUGAGCUUCGCCGACUCAUCUCGGCACUAUGGCAGGAGAAACUCUCGGUGUCAAGCUUCUAUACUCAAUUACGUACCUUUUGGGAAGAAGCAAACUCAAUUUCUCCAAGUGAAAUCUGCACCUGUGGACUUUGUCAAUGUGGCCUUGAGCGCAGGAUUCGGGCAAAGGAGGAGACAGCAAGGUUAUUCGAUUUCCUCAUGGGGCUCGACGAAAGCUUUGGGAUCGUGCGCAGUCAGAUCCUGUCCAUGAAGCCGCCACCUACCUUGGAGGAGGCUUAUAACAUCGUAGCUAACGAUGAACACCAACGCCUCCUGGCACAGCGACGCAAGCCAACGCCUGAAGCAGCCGCUUUUGCCACUCAGAAUGAGGGUGAACGCACUAGGAAUGAUGGCGAGCGACCAAGAACUAAGUGUACGCAUUGCGGCAAGACUGGCCACUUGAAGGAGACGUGUUUUGAAUUAAUUGGAUGGCCUUCUCGUGAUAAGAAUGGCCAAAGGGAACGACAAGACAAGCGGCGACGUCGUCCCAACGAGGCUCAACCACGAGCAGCAAAAACUGAAGUUGAGAGCAGCCCCAUUCCAGGCUUCACCAUGGAGCAGCUCGACCAACUAAAGAAGCUCCUUAUUCCGUCAAAAUCCGCAGAAGACCCUUCGGCCCAUAUGGCAGGUAUGUUUCUUGAUGGUUCUGAAUGGAUAAUUGAUUCGGGCUGUAACGAACACAUCACUAGAGAUGCAUCGGUGUUGAAUGGUGAAUCAAUUGAUCAAGAUUGUCAUCCAGUCAGAAUACCAAAUGGGGAUAGUAUCCCGGUUAAAAGGAUUGGGUCAGUAGAGCUAACGAGUGGGUUGAAACUGAAGCGGGUCUUGUACGUACCAGAGUUUAAGUGUAAUCUACUGUCUGUCAGUCGAUUGACUCAAGAAAACAAUGUAGCCCUGAUAUUUCUUCGUGACAUGUGUAUCAUCCAGGACUUACACUCCAGGAGCGUGAUUGGGAGGGGGAUUCUCCGUGACGGGUUAUAUUACUUGAAGAUCUUGAGCAGUCAGGAACAGUUUGCGUUCACAGCUGAUGGAAAAAGGUCGGUUUCUGAAGAUGUAUGGCACAACCGUCUCGGGCACCCUUCGUCUUCUCAGUUCGCACAGCUUAGUCGCUUGUUUUCUUCUGUUCCUAGUUCAGUUAAAGGCCCUUGUCACUCUUGUUUUAGGGCUAAGCAAACCCGAAUUCCUUUUCCAACUAGUUCUAUCAAGACAUCAGAUUGUUUUGAGCUGAUUCACGUAGACAUUUGGGGAGGAUAUCAAGUAGCUUCAUUGAGCGGUGCUCACUAUUUUUUGACUGUCGUGGAUGAUUUCAGCAGGGGUGUAUGGGUAUACUUACUCAAGUUUAAAUCUGAAGUAGCUCGCUAUCUGUUGAUGUUUUGUGAGAUGGUAGCGACGCAGUAUAACAAGCGGGUUAAACGUAUUCAAGCAGAUAAUGGAUUGGAAUUCAAAACUGCUGAGCUUCGUGAGUUUUAUGAGAAAUCUGGAAUCAUACUGCAGACAAGCUGCACAGAUACACCUCAACAAAAUGGGGUAGUAGAGCGCAAGCACCGACACAUCCUUGAAGUUGCUCGGGCUUUGCGAUUUCAAGCUGGUCUUCCUAUUCGUUUUUGGGGAGAGUGUAUUCUUACUGCUACUUAUCUGAUAAACAGGCUUCCAACUACAGCGACUGGCAAGACUCCGUUUGAAAUACUGUUUGGCAAAACUGCUUUGUACGAUCAAUUGCGCGUCUUUGGAUGCCUUGUCUAUGCAAAAGACAAUCACGGCAGCCUUCACAAAUUCGCGGAUCGGGGGCGAGCAGGAGUAUUCUUAGGGUAUGCAGCCACACAAAAGGGAUAUAAAAUAUAUGAUCUUAUGUCCAAAAGGAUCAUAAUGUCUCGUGAUGUCGUGUUCCACGAACGGUACUUCCCUUUCCAGGCGCAAGAUCCUAGGGAAUUUCAUUGGAUUGAUCCUGAUGUGUUUGAUGAAGUUUCAGUUCGGGAAGUGCAGCCCCCUAUCCCAGUUGCCAUCGAAGAAUUGCCUUCUGCACCGUCCCACGUGCAUGGCCAUGCACCAAUACCUCCCAAUGUCUCAGCUGAUAAAUUCCCUUCUCCCUUGUCGGCGGAAUUGUCCAACAGUAAUGGUUCUUUGUCCAAAAGUAAUGAGAGGCAAAAUGGUCCUUUGUUGGCAGAAUUGUCCAAAAGAAAUGAGAGGCAACAUGGUCAUGAUUUGCGGAGGUCACCCAUCCCUUUUAAUCUGACCGAACAGGAGCCCUCGCCUCCAGUACAUCAGUCCCCAUUGCCGAGCACCUCUAGUCCUCCAAAGGAAGCUCCUCUCGGUCGUGGUCUUCGCCAACGCUGGCCUUCCAAACGCCUGGCUAUUUAUGACACAUGUGUCAAUCUUGUUUCUAAUGUCAAGUACCCUAUUUCUAAUCAUGUAUCAUAUGCUCGUGCCACGCCACGAUAUCGUGCAUUUCUGGCCGCUCUCACACGCACUACCGAGCCUCGCUUCUUCCAUGAGGCAGUCAGAUACGCUUAUUGGAGAGAGGCCAUGAAGGCUGAAAUCCGUGCACUUGAAGCAAACAGAACUUGGAGUCUUGUGUAUGCACCGCCUAAUGUGCAUCUCAUUGACUCGCGUUGGGUAUUUCGUAUCAAAUAUCGUCCUGAUGGAACUAUAGAGCGGUUCAAGGCACGGUUAGUUGCAAAAGGUUACACACAGGUUGAAGGACUUGAUUAUCAUGAAACUUUUGCCCCGGUUGCAAAACUUGUCACUGUGCGUUGUCUGCUCGCAGUUGCCGUUAGUCGUGGUUGGUUCAUACAUCAGUUAGACGUCAAUAAUGCCUUCUUGCAUGGGGAUUUGCAAGAAGAGGUCUACAUGAAGGUUCCUCCCGGUUUUGCUGAACCUGGUGAUACGCGAGUUUGCCGUCUCCAUAAGUCGAUCUAUGGAUUGAAGCAGGCGUCCCGGAACUGGUAUCAAAAGUUCACGGCUGCACUAUGUGAACUUGGUUUCCGCUCAUCACCUGCGGAUCACUCGCUAUUUGUUUUCAGACGUGGUGAGAUUUUUGUCGUGGCUCUUAUCUAUGUCGAUGAUGUUAUUCUUGCCGGAACUGACAUGAAUUUCAUCAACCAUGUUAAGAAGUUUUUGGAUCACCGUUUUAGCAUCAAGGACUUGGGGCCUCUCCGCUACUUUCUUGGUUUAGAGGUAGCGCGAUCUCCUCAAGGGCUGGUAGUCAGUCAGAGGAAGUAUGUUCUUGAUAUUCUGGAAGAAGCAGGUGUUCUUGGAUCUCGGCCCAGCACCUUCCCGGUUGAACAGAAUCAUCAGUUGACCAAACCCUCUUCAGAGAUUCUUGUUGAUGGUUCUGCAUAUCGUCGUUUGGUGGGUCGCCUUCUUUAUCUCACUGUUUCUCGACCAGACAUCACCUAUGGGGUUAAUAUCUUGAGUCGUUUUGUGCAUGCUCCUACACAGGCGCAUAUGGAUGCUGCCAUGCGCAUCCUCCGUUAUUUGAAGUUGUCUCCUGGUCAGGGUCUGUAUUUUCCUGCCGCUAAUGAUCUGCAUCUCCAUGCCUACUGUGAUGCGGAUUGGGGAGGGUGUCAAUCCACCCGACGGUCAACUAGUGGUUUCUGCAUUUUCCUUGGUACCACGCCCAUCUCUUGGCGUACCAAACAGCAGAAAGUCGUUGCUAGAUCAUCUGCUGAGGCAGAGUACCGGGCCAUGGCAUCUACUGUUAGUGAAAUCGUGUGGCUCCGAUGGCUUCUUAGUGAACUUGGCGUCACUCAGUCUUGUGCUACUCCUCUUCGCUGUGAUAAUCAGGCCGCUCUCCACAUUGCGUCAAAUCCUGUCUUCCAUGAACGCACCAAGCAUGUGGAAAUGGACUGUUAUUUUGUACGCGAGCGUGUGACUUCUGGUGUCAUUUCACCAGUCAAGGUUAGUUCUGAGCUCCAGAUUGCUGAUCUCUUCACAAAAGGGUUAGGGUCCGAUCGUUUUCGUUUCUUGCUGUCCAAGCUGAACGUUCGUGACCUCCACCGUCCAGCUUGCGGGGGCGUAUUGGACCAGACUCAGUCAUCGAGGCCCAAGCCUGAACGGCCCAUGACAGCUCCCUCCGCUAGCUGCGUCAGCUCGUGUAGUUGCCCUAGUUCAACAAGGACUAGGUUAAUGGAUUCUGUCUCUAGUACGAGACAUAUAUAUUGGUGUAAGGCCGAAAGGUCAUGUAUUGUGAAUUCUGAUCAAUAAGAUUAAAGCCGGAGAGGCUGAACUCUCCCGUGGAUUAGUCCCGAUCACCAAGUCGGGGAUACCACGUAAAAUCGCGUCUCUUGCUAUUUACGUUUUACAUAUUUAUCAUCUCUUUCUUCCUCGUUGCCCAUUUGCAGAUGUGUGAAUCCAUUAGCAAUUUGAAUUUCUCCAGAACAAGAUCUCUCGUCUGGUGUUGAGGUUACAGCUAGCUGAAGCUUCACAUGUUCAUUCUGUUAAAGAAAGGAAUAAGUCUACUAGUGUAGGUUGCAUUUGCUUGUUAGUUGUUUGCACUUUUGUGUUUUUCUCUCCUUUUUGUUUUGGAAAAAUGGAAUGCGGUUUAAUCUGCAGAUACAAUUUCUCUAUUAGAUGAGCAACCCUAUUAGUAAGUUUAGUGAGCAAUGUUUGAUUGAAAUCGAUUUCCAGUUGCGUACGAUAGUAGAUAACAGUUUUUGGAUACCCCCAAGAUAAUGGCGGGAAAGAUGGUAUAACGAAACACAUCAACGGUUCAAGAAGAGUUGGGCCUGCCGUGAAGCCUAAAGCCCAAACCAUUCCUUCAUCAGUCAUCACUAGGGCUGUUAAUGAACCAAGCCGUUCAUGAACCAAGCCGCUCAUGAACGGCUCGGUGUGCGACUCGAGAAAAACUCGUUCGACAUUCGAUUCGUUUUAAUCGAGCCGGCUCGUGAACAAGCUCGUUAACUAAACGAGCCGAACUCGAGUCACACCAUGUUCAGCUCGAAAGCUCGCGAACAAGCUCAUUUAAUGGUUUUGCAUAAAAAAAGGAUUAGAAUUCA